GCAUAUUAAUAAUCGAGGGCUAGCCUCCCUAAUAAAAGACGGAAAUUAACGUCUCGGUUCCUAUAUACACUAGUGUGUGUAUGGGGUUCUCAAGUCGCAGGAGGAGAAGAUGAAAGUUUGGGUCCUUGCCAUGGCGUCGUUUUUUAAUCGGUGUUAGAUGGACUAGGCAACCACAAAGCACAUGACCAACUCUGUUCUUUGAAUGUGCAAGCCAGUGAAUCGCCUAACGAAAUCCGACCAUCUCAACCAUUUAAUUGCGCUUCAUGGGCUACUGGAUGACAGUACCCUAUUAAUGAUUAUUGAUGGGUUGGCCCGAGAGCUUGGGCUAAGGUAAGGUCUUUGCCUUCUAGAUGAGGUGGGUGCAUUACUAAUCAUUUUUAUAAGAUGCAUCCUUAUAUCGAUUAUUGCUGGUGGCCUGAGAUCGCUCGGGCUCACGUCUUUGCUAUCUAGAUUCAGGUGGGUGCAUCACUAAUCAUAUGCAUUUCUAUAGAAGGUUGUGGUGAUCAUUUUAGGUUACAUGCUUAGUUUUCGUGGGAUGGGAAGUUUGAGAGCUGAGAACUACAAAAUUGCUCCUCCUUCAAACCUAAAGUUAGAUUAGUUUCCAGUGGCAUUUUAAAUAGUUUAUUGUAAUAUAUUUGGUGAAUGCUAGUACAUGUUGACACGAGAGUACAUCUCCACACUUAUUUAGCAUUUUAGAAGGCUGUGAUAUAUAGUGAUCACUAUUACGUGUCCAUAAAUUAGGAACAUUGACAUAGGAAGAUUAAGCUUAAUAGAACUUAUUAACAAUGAACAUCAAUAAUUGCAGAUUAAGCUUAAAAGAACAACUGUGCAAAAGUUGAAUUUGGGUUGAAAAACAAUGGUUGCAUACUUGGAGUUGGAGGGAGUAGGGGACACUUAGCUGACCAAAUUUUGAAUCUUUGGCUAGCUCUAUUAUUUCACAUUAAAGCACUUUCAGUUUGUUGAUGAGACCGCGAAUGUUUCAAGUUUCACCUUUACAGGAAUGUUCUGGUGGAGAGAAAAGGGAUUGUGUUUGAACUUGGCUGUUAGUUUAGGAUCCGUAGGUGGUAAUGUAACAUAUUGUAUUGAAGUUAACUUGUAAAUAAAUAGAAACCUAAAAUUUUUCGCUAAAACAUGGCAUUUUCCUUUACAAGGCACCAACAGAUAUGCUAAAUAUUGUAAUCCUUUAUUUUAACCUUUCUGUAAUCCAAUUUAGUAUUUCAAUACUUAUUUUUCCACAAGGUUGAGUGUUGCCUCGAUGUAAUUAGUUUCCGAGACUGUGACACUACCGACAAUCAUGCAUACACAUUAACUCACUAGAUGAUUUGGACAAGUGAAUCUUUUAUUACGUAAAUCUACACACAACAAGCUUCCUAGGACAUCAGUCCCAUGAUUUAUACAGUAAUUGGUGUAGGAAUAGGCAUUGGGUUUAGUUAUAUCUAUCCAACCCACUUUGAAUGAUUGUUAGUUGGGUACAACUGUAGUGACAUGUGUCAUCAUCUGGUGCAAUCCUGCCUGCCCAUCACUUCAUCCCGAGUCUUUUUUCUCAUUGAGAACUUCUUUGGAGCAGGGAGGGCCAUUCCGGCAAAAAAGGAACAGUACUUGUCUAAAAGCAGCACUAGGGAGCCUCAAGUUAUUUCCAGUCAGGCUUAAGAGCUUUGGAAGUAUCCCAGCGGGAUGGAAGUGGAUUGGAGACCUAACCUUGGUGGGAUGGAAAAGGCAUUUAGCAUGAAUGUGAUGAUGCUGAUUGUUAAAUAUUUUGCGGGAUGCUCGAUAACACACUGUCCUGCACCAGCUACAAAACAAAAAAGAAAACGAAAAGAGAUCUGCAGCAGAUCAAGUGACAGAGUUUGCGGAGCAUGGGAUAGUCUUCCUGAUGAACUCCUCCUUUCAGUUCUAAUGAAAUUGAAUAUUAUCGACUACCUUGCCUUCAGUGGUGUGUGUAGAUCCUGGAGGUCAGUGUCUACUGAUAUUCGCAAAAGUUUUAUGGAGCGUCUGCAACCCUUUGUUCUAGCAAGACCAAGAUAUUCAAAAAAAGCUUGUGUGCUAUAUAAUAUUUUUGACUGGAAAAGUUGCAAGUCAAUGCUUCCGAAUAUGCCUCGCAAAAGCUUAUGGGGUUUAUCAAGUGGGUACUUGAUCACAUAUGACAAGAACAUGGGGUUUUGGCUUGUGAACUUAAUGACAAGACAUGAGCUGCAUUAUCCUGUCCUGCCCGAGAGCAGCUAUAGCAUCUCUGACUUCACUGCUUGUGCUGUUCUCUUGCGAUCGACUCGGCUUUCCAGAAUUUUCAUGAUUAUAUUCUCUGAGAAGCAUGAUUUUUUACUGAUGUCUGAAAGUGGCUCUAGCAGUUGGCAUGAAUAUCUUUUACCAAACACCAGUUCUGGGAUUGCUGAUGUAAAGAUUUUGGAUGGCAAAAUAUUUGUUCUAACCUGUGAUGCGCAUUUUGGAGAAUUUAAUCCGAGGGCAGAUCCUGUUUUGAAGCUCUACAACCGUAACUUUCCUAUUCCACUUCCAUCACGUUCGAUUUUGAAGUUAGUGACUUCAGACAACAAGAUCUACAUGGUUAUAUCUCAACAUCCUUGUCCACGUGCUAUGUUGGUCCUAUAUCUUUCCUUGUACGAACUUGACUACAGUAUGGAAUCUGUAAAACAGAUUCAUGACUUGGGGUCAAAAUCUUUGUUCCUGAGUGUAUUUAAUUCUGCCCUGGUUGACACAACUGGUUGGGGAUCGGGCAACUGUGUAUGCGUUCUUCAAAAUACACUCGGAAAAUGUACAUUCUUUCACUUGGAUGGACAACGGAUAGCAACGGUUCCUUCUGUUUUCGAUGAUUAUUUGAGACUAUAUUUCUGGUUUUUUCCUGGUGAAAGCUGGGACAUCAGUCGUGUUGGUGAUGAAUUUGGCACUUGAUCACUUCUACUUCUGACAUCUGUUUCGAUGGCCAGAUCUUUUGUUUUACUUUCAUCUUACAUUCAGAGUAUUUGUGUUCUUUCAUUAAUCCUUUCACUCAGACUAUAUCGUUAUAUUGUGAUGUGAAUUUAGUAUUAUGUAGGCCAAGCUUUUAUGGUUUUUUAAUUUAGUAUUCAAGAGGUUUGACAUUU